GUCUCGCUUUACUAGACGAUCUUCACACUUUGAUUCACCUUACCCUUCCCAGUCAGCCAUAACAACAAUGAUGGCGGCUGCUGCACGGUUCUUCAUCCGAGGUGCAAACUCGAAACUUUGCGUCUCUGGUAUUGGCACCGGGGCUCAGAGCUCUUUUGGUGCCAGUCUGCUGAAAUUGUCGCCGAGCUGCAACUCCCAUACAAAAACACAGCGAAGACAUGCAACGCAUUUUACCUACCAGCCUGACCCUGUCCCGACACAAUAUGGUCCCACCCAAAAGAUGAACUUGUUCCAGUCAGUUACAAGUGCCUUGGACAACACUCUGGCCAGUGAUCCAACAGCAGUCAUCUUUGGGGAAGAUGUUGCCUUUGGUGGAGUAUUCCGAUGCACAGUGGGUCUGAGAGACAAAUAUGGUAAGGACAGAGUCUUCAACACUCCCCUUUGUGAGCAGGGGAUUGUGGGGUUUGGUAUUGGUGCAGCUGUUGCUGGUGCCACAGCCAUUGCUGAGAUCCAGUUUGCUGACUACAUCUUUCCUGCUUUUGACCAGAUAGUCAAUGAAGCAGCCAAGUACCGCUACCGUUCUGGCAACAUGUUCGACUGCGGCAACCUCACCAUUCGGGCACCGUGGGGGUGUGUCGGCCACGGAUCACUUUACCACUCUCAAAGCCCCGAGGCCUUCUUCGCCCACUGCCCUGGCAUCAAGGUUGUGAUACCUCGUGGUCCAGUGCAGACCAAAGGGCUGCUCCUCUCCUGCAUCGCUGACCAGAACCCCUGCAUAUUCUUUGAGCCCAAGAUCCUGUACAGAGCAGCAGUGGAGCAGGUUCCUGUGGAGGCCUACACCAUCCCACUCUCACAGGCUGAGAUCCUACAGGAAGGAAGUGAUGUCACUCUGGUUGCCUGGGGGACACAGAUCCAUGUGUUGAGGGAGGUAGCCAAUAUGGCUCAAGAGAAACUGGGAGUGUCCUGUGAGCUCAUCGAUCUACAGACCAUACUGCCCUGGGAUGUUGAAACUGUUUGUAAGUCAGUGGUGAAAACCGGACGUUUGCUCAUCAGUCACGAGGCACCAAUAACCGGUGGGUUUGCUGCUGAAAUUAGCUCUACAGUACAGGAGGAGUGCUUCCUUAACCUGGAGGCUCCCAUCAGUAGGGUCUGUGGUUACGACACCCCCUUCCCUCACAUCUUUGAACCCUUCUACAUCCCAGACAAGUGGAAGUGCUUUGAUGCAAUCAAGAGGAUGAUCAACUACUGAACCCCUGUCAGAGCCAACUUCUGGUAGCCCUGGACUCCAUGCUCUCUCCUUCUCCUCUUCAUUCAUCUAAUCAGUGGAGAGCAGCCAGGAAAAGACACUUUGUUGACCAUCCAAUCAGGAAGCAGCAUCCAGAUGGGCUCCAUGUCCCUCUGUCUCUCUGUCCAGCUAAAUGACUGUUACAGUACCUCUGGAUGAGGGGACUUCAUUCUGUUGCAAGGGAAAAAUGACUUCAUACACUCUUUUCGGUGAAACAUACAACAUAAUGCACAUAAUUUAAUUUCCUCUUAAAUAGGAGCUGGAUACUGUGGGGAUUAUUUGGUUAAAUUUGUGACUGUCUGCCUCUCUGUGCUGUUACUUUCGGUUUAGUGUGUUCAACUCUGCUCUAAUCUUUAUUUAGUUUGACAUGAACUGGCCCUUAUUGUAUUAAUAUAAUGGAUCUGUGGUUUUUAAGGAAAAUAAAGUAAUCAUAAUUGGUGAAAACA